AUGUCAAACGAUGACAAAGCACGUGCUGCUGCUGCGCAGUUGAUGAUUGACGACGAACCCGAUGACUGGGACAAGCGUAUUUUCAGCACAGGCUGUGCAGAUGAGAACGCCAAAUUGACCGACUGCUACUAUGACAAGAAGGACUGGCGAGGGUGCAAGCAAGAGAUGGAGAUAUUCCGACAGUGUUGGCAGCGACAUGGGAAUAACAAGCGGACUGCGACCAAAGAUGCUUAA